AUGGGAAUUAAACAAUUUAAAGCACUCAAAGAAAAAGGUCUAACCCCACUAAAAGGUAAAAAUUAUGAUAUUCUAUUAGCUCCACAAAAAUUUAUACUCUUGACCUCCCCAAACGCCUCAUCCCCUGCUUACAAAGAACGGUUUCUACAUUUAAUAUAUCCUCCUCUUA